AUGAAGAAUGGCCAUGUCUCCAGCCCAGCACACAAGAGGGAUAUGGUUGAAGAGCCCGACGCAGCCUCGCCUUUAGGUGCCCGCUCCCGCAAGCCCUUUGGCAAGUUGACCAACAUCAUGAGCACAUUGGAGUCUGGUAAGAACAAGCUCCAGCACAGUACCAAGGCCUUCUCAAGAUCCAUGUCUCAAAUAUCCCGCUUCUCCGACUUGAGUGUCUUUGACGGCCCCAGCUCGGGCACGCGAGACCUCGCCGACGGUGAAACAACGGAUGAAGACACCAGCAACGACACCACUUUGAACGAUGACGACUUUCUCUGCUCCCCCCUGAACAAGCCCCAGCGCAGAGCACCACGCUGCAAAUCGUCCCAGGUAUCACUACCGCAAAACCUUCUGAUCAGGAGGACUCAAUCGUGCAUUCAAGAUCCCAACGUUACCGAUAUGUUCGACGGAAGCGAGUGGCUCCCACAGACAAACCUCAGAACAUUCCGAGUAUCCAGUGACUUAUUGCCUCGGAUCGACGAAAAUGAGAUGCAAAAGAUUGUCCUGGGCCAUUACCGUAAUGAGUUCGACGACUACGUUGUUGUCGACUGCCGAUUCCCCUACGAGUUUGACGGAGGCCAUAUCGUCAAUGCCAUCAACAUCUCGUCUAAGACUGAUUUGGAGAUGCGCUUCAUCAACAACCGUCUGCUGGAAAACCGCAAGAGACUCUUGAUCUUCCACUGUGAAUACUCCAUUUUGCGUGGCCCUACAAUGGCCGGUCAUCUUCGGAAGGCUGACCGCAUCCACAAUUCCGAGAAUUAUCCCAAGCUACUAUACCCCGACAUCGUUGUCCUCGAGGGAGGCUACAAGAAAUUCUUCGACAACCACAAGGAAUGGUGCGUUCCUCAGGCAUACGUCGAAAUGAAAGACAUCAAACAUAAGCGUACCUGCGAAGUGGAGAUGAACAAAGUCAUGCAAGCAUCAAAGCUCACCAGAGCUCGUUCAUUCAACCAUUUUCAACUGCAUUCUACGAGCCACUCUCGUUCGUCAUCCUUCACGGCACUCCUUACAUCGUCCGAACAGGCUACUUCUCCCGGCCUCACAACUUCCUUAAGCACCGGACAAGUACCCAGGCGUAAAACAGCUUCAAAGGUCCACAAGAGGCAAGACCGCAAGGAACUUAGGCUUCAUCUUUCUCAGCCUCUGAUCAAUUGGCCCUCUCAGCUGUCAGAGUCGUCCUUGACUUCUGAACUUACUCCAGGGAUGUCCUCCUGUUUUGACGACGAUGCAUUUGCUCCACCUUCUGCUUUGUUUAGGGAACACAGCAAGAGCCUGUCAUUACUGCUGGCCUCCAUACAUUCUUCAGCGCUGCUGGUCUGUUCUGAAACCUAUUCUUCCGCAUAUACUUCCACCGAUUCAUUGGCCUCAUCUCCGUCUGCUGACUCUCCAGAAUAUUUUGAGACUGCCACCUCGAACUCGAAUCCUUCAUUAGCUCACAUGUUUUCCCUCCAGAAUUCCCCAUACCUGUUCCCAGGACCAAGCUCUUCAAAGUCAAAGAGACCCUCGCUACAAAGGCCCGUCUACCGCACACCAAGACCAUAUGUCAAUAUGUCUUCGCCAACGACGAGUUCCCCACUUACAACUACCGCUGCUGGGUCUGUAUUUGACUCUUGGCCAGGACCAAGCUUCCAAUCAGAUCCCAUUAAUGAAACACCACUUCCUUUCUCACUCAAGCAGCAUGCUCACCACAGCUCGGAGAUCUACGAGGAAGAUGAGGAGUCUGAAUGA